AUGCAGGGAUCUUCAGAAAGUCAGCCACAAGUGCCCGGUAGACGAAAGGUUAAAACAGGCUGCAAAACUUGCAAAGCUCGCCGCGUCAAGUGCGAUGAAAGUCGCCCCGCUUGCCGUCGAUGCGUCUCCACAGGACGAGUGUGCAAUGGCUACGGGAUUUGGGGUGGUGGUGACAGUCAGAGCCAGAUCCAAUGCAGCCAGUCCUUGUCGAUCCACCGCGCACCCGUCCCUCAGGGCGGCCUGACCUCAGACGAGGAGAUCUCAUUUGAUUGGUUCAGGGAGAAAACGACCAAGCAGUUUGCUGGUGUCUUCACUUCAGAUUUCUGGGAGACUCUUGUGUUCCAAGCGAGUGUUCAGGAGCCUGCAGUACGACAUGCUGUUGUUGCACUAUCGGCCGCACAUAGAUCCGACGAUAGUCGUGACCCGAGAGCCCUUGCUGCCCCACGUGGAUUCAACGCCGAGCAUUUCAUGCUGCAACAUUAUAAUAAGGCCAUCCAUCACCUGAGAUCCAGCCCAGUAAACGACACCACACCUGACAUCCGCGUGAUUCUGAUCACCUGCAUGAUCUUCGUGACGUUGGAGUAUCUGCGCGGUCAAUAUGCAUCAGGGAACUCCCAUCUUCGAUAUGGAAUUCAGCUUUUAUCGGAACUUUCCGCGAAACGGUCAAAAAGCAGCACAUCAUCCGAAAAUCCCUCGAGGUGCAUGACACAAGCAACAGACUUUGCACACAACGCUUUGAUUGACUCAUAUGCCCAACUCACCAUUCAAUCGGCCAUGUUUGGCAUCUUUCCCUCCCACAUGUGUAUAACGACACACGAUUCCCAGACUUACGCGCCCCCAUAUAAUUUCAAGUCGAUCAUCGAUGCACGAAAAUCACUUGACGACCUGUUGCAUAAAGUGAAAUGCCUUAAGGAAGACUACCAUGAAGCAUUAGAAACAGGAAACACGAUUGAUCAUAGCAAAGCGUCAGCAACCCAAGAUUCAAUCCAGAAAGAUCUCCUCGCCUGGCGCCAGGCUUACGACUUUAUCCUCCCCUCCUUGCAGUCUACCAUGGAUCCUCGUGACCGGGCUGGCGCGAUAAUCGUCCGAUUAUACCACGAAAUGGUAACAGUGAUGGCGGCCGUGAGUCUAUCAGAAAGCGAGAUGGAUUUCGACACAUAUACGGACAGGUUCUCCGCAAUAAUCGCAGGUGUCCACGAGCUCUCUCAGAUCUGGUCUGUUUCAGCUACCGAAAGUUGGAAUCCCGGGCCAGGCGUGGGGAAUGCGGACCCUCGCGACCGCGGCUUCACGAUCGAAUCAGGCUAUAUCCCACCUGUAUAUUACACAGCGAUGAAGUGUCGGAUCCCACAUAUUCGGCGCCAAGCAAUUCAAGCUCUGCGACUCACACCGCGCAGAGAGGGCCUGUGGAAUGGCCCCCUGUUGGCGGAUGUGCUUGAGGAAGUCACCGGCAUCGAACAAGGGCAAACCCAUGUCGAUCAUCCGAAUACUGAGCUUCGGUGCCAAGUCAGUGAGAGCGCAGGGAAUCGAUUAUGCGUGCCCCAUGUGGAUCAAAUGUCCCGAAUUUCGGAUGUCAAGGUCCUCCUCCCUGACGCGAUGGACGAAAGAACAGGAGAUACAUUCAUCAGCUAUAAAAAGAUCACCUUGGACGGGGGCUGGGCAACAUUCGAGCAAAAGAUUGGAUUCAGCGCUGCAACUGGUUGA